CUGGAAACAGAAAUACGGGAACUGAAAAUAUGAAAAUGAAAAUGAAAUUUAAACAAAUAUAUGUAUAUAUGUUUAAAAGGAAAUGAAUUAAAAAUAUGAAUAUUAAAAUAACAAUGUGGCCGUUUGUUAGUAUUGACUGGAAGAGUCUCUCGCUCGCUCUCUUCCGGGAGAGAAACAGGUCGAGUUACCUGGAUCAGGAAGUAGAAGAGGAAAGGUGUUACAUUAAAACACGUCACACCACACAAGAUCACUACUUUCUAGAAAACACACACACACACACUCACACACGCGCGCGCGUUACAGAUCACCGGACUCAUCAUUGAGAGAAUAUGCCUUAUUCAGAAGCAAGAGCAACAUGUCAGAGCAGCAUAUGGACGACACAGCAGCUCUUGCACUGAAAACCCCGAGAACAUCAAACAUCCAACAUACGGCGGGAUGCAGUCCAGGUGUUACCAUCAACCCGCUGGCCUGGGCCAAGAUGGACCUGACCACCAUGACCUGCAGAUGAAGGUCGACUUCUUUCGUAAGCUGGGAUACUCUCCACAAGAGGUGAAGGCCGCCCUGAGGAAGCUCGGCAUGGGGACGGACACUAACGCGGUGCUGGGGGAGCUGGUGCGUUCAGGGGCCAAGGCUGUGCCCUCCUCUAGCUCUGACAGCGAUGAUGGUGGGUUCAGUUUGUCCCAUCGGGGAGGAAGCUCAUCUAGGACACAGGGCUCAACGCUGGAGGACACCUCUGAACCAGAAAGUGACCUGAAGCCUAUUGUUAUUGAUGGGAGCAACGUGGCCAUGAGUCAUGGGAACAAGGAAGUGUUUUCUUGCCGUGGGAUUGAGCUGGCAGUUAAUUACUUCCUUGACCGAGGACACAGAAAUAUCACUGUGUUUGUGCCUUCCUGGAGAAAAGAGCAGCCCAGGCCUGACGUACCUAUUUCAGAUCAGCAUAUUUUGGAAGAGCUGGAAAGGAAGAAGAUUCUUGUGUUUACACCUUCACGAAGGGUCGGAGGAAAGCGUGUAGUUUGCUAUGAUGAUCGCUUUAUUGUCAAAUUAGCUCAUGAUCUGGAUGGCAUUAUAGUGUCCAACGACACAUAUCGUGACCUGCAAAGUGAACGUCCGGAGUGGAAGCGUUGCAUUGAGGAGAGAUUGCUCAUGUACUCCUUUGUUAAUGACAAGUUCAUGCCACCCGAUGACCCUCUCGGCCGUCAUGGACCUAAUUUAGAUAAUUUUCUUCGUAAAAAAGCGAUGUUGCCUGACCACAAGCGACAACUCUGUCCAUAUGGAAAAAAGUGCACAUAUGGGAUCAAGUGUAAGUUCUACCACCCAGAGCGCACAAACCAGUCACAGCGUUCUCUAGCCGAUGAGCUUCGAGAGAAUGCCAGACUGUCUGGUUCAAAAGGGGAAAGCAGAGUAACUGGGCCACUAAGGGGCAUGUAUCAAAGAAAUGACCCUGGUUUUGGGUCCAACUCACCCUCCUUGGAGCAAGAACUGGAACAAAAGCUUAACUUGGAUCCCAAGAGCUCUGACAGCAGGGAUGUUAUGUUCCAGUACUGGGAUGACAUUUUGUCCACCAAAAAGCCCUUAAAUUCAACCACAGUGGAACAACGCAGUGCUUUGGUAGACAGAGCCAGUCUGCAAGCACCUUACCCAACAAACCCUUCAUCCAUUUUCAGUUAUGACUCAGGGCUUGGAUCCUACCAAAGCCAGUUUUCAGACCCAUCCCAGAGCAUUGAUGAUUUACACAGGAUGAGAUCCAAUCAUCCACCAAUGUCUGGUAACCCUGGUGUACCUACAGGUGGCCAGCACUACUAUGACAACAUGAGUUCUUUAUCUAACUAUCAGCCAAACUUUGGUGCCUACAACUCCCUUCCUGUGCCCAACACCGUCCAGCGGUACAGUCUUCCUGCUUACGGUGCCUGGUCUUACCCUUACUUCUUACCACAAGCAACCAGUUUACCUGAACCUUUACCCUGUCCUAGCUCACACAGGUCUCCUGAUGUCUACGGAAACCAGCAGCACUUAGCCAUGCCACAGUCAAAUGCUUUCCAGGAAGAAAGAGAGGAGGUCAGGAAGAAGCUUCAUGCGAUUUUUAACCCGCAUCAUGUAAACAAAGUUAUGGAAAUGUUCCCACAGCUGAAAGAUGCGCAGCAGCUGGCGGCAGAGAUUCUCAAACUCAAGUCCAGAGGAGAGUUCUUCUAAUUCGUGAACCUUUGGGACAAUGGCAUGCCAAGUUUCUCAAAAGAAAUGAGCUCUACACUCUCAGAAAAAAAAAUUGCAAACAUUGUACCUUUGGGGGUACUUUUUUACCCUUAAAAAGUUUGUAGUAGUGCUUUAAAAGUACCCAUUUCCCCUUUUAGGGGGAGAUAAGGUACAAACUUUUCGAAUUAGGGUACAACAAUAGCUCCCUGAACUUUGUACCUUUUUACCCUUAAAAAUUUCAUAGUGGUAUUUCAAAGGUACCUAUUACUAAGAUGCACCUUCGAGGGGUAGAUAAGGUACAAUCUUGUCCUUUUAAGGGUGCUGCCCCAUUGACACGCUUUUGUACCUCUAAAGCAAUGCAAUUGUAUUUUUUUUUUCUUUCCUUUGUAGCUCUUUUCUGUCUUGUGCUCUUUAAAGUCUCAGAAACCUGAAUGACUUAUCACAUAGUACAUGUGGUAACUAUGUAUGACUGCAAAGUCAAUUGUGUGUCAAGUUGUUUUUUAAGGGGUUGAUGCACAUUGCAUCAAUGGUUGCUCCUAACGUGUAGCAAACUGUACAGUACCUUGGCUCGAAGACUAAAGAUUUGGUUUUGGACAGAAGCUUAAAUGUAAUUUUGAGUGUUCAAAUUAUAGUUGUAAUUGCUGUCAUUAAGGAACCACCCUGUUUUCAAUGUUCAGAGUAAUUUUCUAGUUAGUGCGUCUGCUGCUAAUUGUUCAUUCAAAUCCGCUCCACCACAGAAUGACUUCAAAUAGUAGAAGGCGUGAUUCCUUGUGUCUUGCAGUCUUUUUGUUGUAUUUCUUUGUUUCAAUUAUUGUGGGUGGCAAUACAAAUGUUUUAUUUUAAGUAUAUAUAUAUAUAUAUUACGUCAAUUACUGUAAUUAGCAUUUUUGAAACUUACCACAGUACUGUAAAUCAUAUUUAAUUGUGCUUCAAUGUUACAUGUUUCAUAUCAGGUUGGUUCUGCUGUGUAACUCCGAGCUUGUUGAUUUUGACGAUAUGAAUGUACAAAGGACAUCUCACAUCUUUUCUUUUAUGCAAAAUUGAUUUGCGCCAUCUCAUUGUUCGGACAUCUGCUCUCAAACAAGAGAAGAGCAAAUUCUUUGCACUAAGAAGUUAUGAUUUGCGUGUCAAAGUAUGUCAAAGAGUUGACAUAAUGGUGUAUAUUAUACAAUGAAUAUCACAAAAAAAUUGUAAGCUUUAGAUGAAAGUUUUUAUUAUAAUAUAUUAUGCUGAUGUUUUAUCCACUGUUUUCAAAUGAGCAUAUAGGUAUUUGUGUUAUCACAACCCACUUGUAUGUCUUCUAAUAUCUAUAUUAAUGUGAACAAAUUCAAAGACACCGUAAGUGAGUAUGAGUUUGUACAGUUUGAUGUUUUCUCUUUAGAGGAGACAGUCUUAGCAGAUUUUUAAUUAUAGCAUCUGUUUGCAAAGAUGUUCCAUAGACAUUAUAUUUUAAGCUUUUGCCGUUGUUAUUUUUCAGUUCUUAAGAUGUUAUAAAAUCAGCCAUACAAUUAAAGCCUUUAUGUAUAAUACAUUAAAGGUAUUCAUAAUGUAAAUUGUAAUGCAUUGUUUUUCAGAAAAAUAAUUGUAACCAAUUUAAAAAGCAUUGUGAUAUUUAUGUUUGUCUUGUGUUUGAAUGCAUUAUACUUUCUAAACAUGCAACAGCGAGUUUUUAAGUAAUAUGAUGUAUUAUAACUGUGGUAAGUCUGGUAACAAUUAUUCAUUUGUUCAUACAAUUCAUUAUAAAGUGUAUUACAAGACAUAAUUAUAACUACUUUUAAUGCAUUAUAUAUAAAGGCUUUAAGUAAAGUGUUACUAAAUGAUCUGCUUUAACAUAGUUAGGUUCGUUAGUUCAUGGUGUCCAAGUAGCAACUUGCAACAUGUUUAUAUCCUGCCAGUGCAUUAUAAUCAUUAAUGUGAACAGGAAAUAAGUUCUCAAUGUUGUAUUGGCAAAUGCAAUGAAAAAGAAAAGACCUUCUUUCUCUUUGUCCUUUAAACGGUAAUAAAAAAAAAUAAUAAAAAAGAUAAA